AGAGGGGUGGGAACCUUGAAAAGAGAGUGCAGGUUCCCCCUACACCGACAAGAAACUGACCAUAUGACUCUACAGUCCACACUGUCACCACAUCUGCCUGCUAUCACUGUCACAUCGCCAGGGCCACUACGCUCACCUGUACACCAGUGCCAUCAUGGUUCGCCUGGCAUUAAUGUUCUUGGUGGUCAUCAUCGAAUACGUUUAUGGAGCACCCACACUGCCUCCUCUGCCUAUGAAAGAUGGCUGCUUCCUGGUAUCUCCAGAGGUGGAGAUGUUCAGAGUGGAGGGUGAGGCCAUAAUCCUCAACUUCCCCGCUUUCCAGAGAGUCCUCCAAGUACGCAACAUCGCCCCCCCGACAGCAACCUACCUCAUUGCCAGGGGCAACGGUACAGGAGCCUAUGAGGGUGAGGGGCGUUUCCAUCAGCAUGACAGAGAGUUGUGGCUCCUCCCAGCUCAGGCCUCAGAUUCAGGGAACUACACCUGCACCUACAGAAAUGAAACCUACUGUAUCACCGGGAGUAUCAUGCUACAUGUGUACAAGUCCAGUUCUCUGAACAUGGAGAAACUAUCCUAUUUAAUUGAAGUCAAAGUGGGAGAGGAGUGGAAUCUGAGUUGUCCAUCUUUACAUAACUUCAACCUGACAGAGAGUCAGAUAGAGUGGUACGAGGGCUCCAGCCCCACUCCCCCUCAGCUUGGCAGGGAGGGCUCCUUCCACCAGAAUCUCGGAGGUGAUCUAAUGAUUCCUGUUGUAAAGCCAUCGCACGCCGGUUUCUACACCUGCCAGUGCAGAGUGCUCAUCAACAACCAGCAGUACAAAGUCAGCCGAGCCAUCCAGCUCCGUGUGCAAGGUCCAGACCCAGCUCAAACUACAACUACCACUGUGCCUGACAUCUCCAUGACCUCUGAGCCAGGGUUGAUCAGCAGCAGCAGCAGCAGCACUGUUCACACUCCUACACUUAAGCCACCUGUGAUUGUCUCACCACUGAACGGAACAAUAUUUGAAAGUCCGCAUGGUUCAGGACUGGAACUGUUUUGCAUGGUGCUCACUGGAUGUCAAGCUGCAGAUUCCACUGAGGUCACAUGGUUGGUCAAUGGCCAAUCAGUGGAGUCAUCGUACCUUGAUGGACGGGCUCUGCAGGGGGCAAGGAGGCACACUAGGGUGUCUGAAGGGUGCCAGAUUGAGUUAAGGCUGAUUGUUGUAGCGAUGACAGAAGAAGACAUACAGACGGAGCUGAAAUGUGUUGCUCAGAACGAAGGAGGGAGACGGGAAGUCGUCACACAGCUUCAACUAGAGGACUCCACGUUUACAUGGGUGGUGGUAGCUACAGUGGCGGUGUCCUGCUUCCUGACUGUAGUUUCUGUCUUUCUCUAUGUGCUCUUAAAACCUAAAAGGAAAAUGAAAAUGGAUUACUUCCUGGCUCGGCAAAACAGCACCUUCUAAUUCUUCCAGUGUACACACUCAUUCCACAAGGAAAAGACCCUCUUAAUGUAUUUGCAGUUGCAUCAAUAGAGCGUUUUCCUGCAGCAUUUGGUGUCAUGCAGUAGCAUUAGCAGUGGUUGGUGUUCAACUCUUGCUACAGAGAUUCAAUGUAGAAUUCAGUGUUUUUAAAUCAGUAGCUGCUCAUGCUGUUACCCACUGUCCUCCAUUUCCUUAUCCAUGACUGAGCAUUACACAAGGAACUUUUGAUUCAUAUUAUUUGUACUAAUGUGGUAAUUACAUUUGGUUUCUUUAUACAGUUUCAGUCAUUGUAAGUUUCCUUUCAUGAGAUACAGAUACUUUCAAGAUACAGAAAUAUCCUACUUAAAUCUAAUAUAGAAUCACCAAACUGAGGCCGCUCACUGACACAGAAGUUGUAAUAUCUGGUCAAAUUCAGUAAAGGCUUCAACAAAGGCUACAUCUGCAUAUACUGUACAUAUAUACAAGACUUUCAUGUCAAAUCAUUUCAUUUCUUUGUUUUUGUUUGAGUGUUCCAAAAUUCAGACACUCCAUAAGAGAGUUAUAUAUACAGUAUGUAUAAGUGCAAUAUAUUUUUGUAGUUGAAAAGUGUUAAGACAAUUUGAUACAUAACUGCUCUAUUAAACGUAUUUAACGAUGUUGAUGAUCUGACUGCUCUGGCAAUUCUAAAAUCUAACAAUACAUCAUUAUAUGUGGUUAUUGCAUAUAAGACAUUGUUCAGUAAAGUAAGUAGAGCUAAUAAAUAAUAGUUAUUAGGGUAGAAAGUACAAUCUUUUCCUCUGAAACACAGUGGAAUAAAUGUAUAUUGCCUUUAAAAUGGAAAUAUUCAAUAAAGUGCUGGAAUAUGUACUGUACCUAAGA